ACUCAGCCCUGCUGGGUUUUAUUUACAGGGCUGCGAGAAGAGCUCAUGCAUAAUUCACAUGAAAGAACCCUCAGCGAAAGACGAAGACGCCUAGCACACGAGGGUUCUGAGAGCUGCAGAUAGACAGGAAGAUAUCUGGCACUAAAUCUACCUGUGGACGGAGAUCAGCACAGCAGGCCCAAUGGCGAAGGGUAAAAAGAAAUCAAGCGAGUCGAAAGGGAGAAAAAUCACCCUGAAGAUGGCCAAGAACGCCGUGAAGCUCACUGUGGACGGAAAGCGGCGCCUGGACCUCAGCAACAUGGAGAUCACUACCUUCCCGAAGUGUAUCCUGAAGCUGUGCGAUGUGGACGAGCUGGACCUGAGCCGAAACAUGCUGAAGAAGAUUCCCGACAUCAUCGACCGCUUCAUUAACCUGCGCUGGCUGGACCUGCACAGCAACCAGCUGGAACAGCUGCCUGAGGCCAUUGGGCGCCUGCCGAAACUCCACAGCCUGAACCUGUGCAACAACCUGCUGACCACGUACGGAAUCCCGCACGAGCUGGGCCUGCUGAGGAACCUAAAGAGCCUCAACCUGGGUAUGAACCGCAUCGAGACCCUGCCAUCCUUCCUCGCCGCCCUCAAGGAGCUGCGCCACCUGGGCCUCUUCAACAACCUGCUGACGGGCAUGCCGCAGUGGCUCCACAACCUGCCCAACCUGCAGACACUCAACGUCAAGAGCAACCCCAUAUGUCCAGAUAAGCCCCCAGAGCUGGACCCCAUCCGGCGGGUGGAGUGCCUGUACCUGGUCAGAGAGGGCUGCCUCUGCAGCGAUUGCCUCCAGAAGUGCAAAGAAGAAAGGGGCAAGGUGGACAGCAGGAUCAGUAAGGGUCCAGUUCAGAGGAGAACCAUCCUUGCUGGGCUGAUUAUGCCCAAUUCUGUGGCACAAGAUGACCAGGCAGUGUGCAGAUGAAGAUAGUAGGCUAGGUACACAAACUCAACCUGCUUGAAAAUUUGAUAAUUUAUGGACUAUUUUGUGUGAAAAGUGACAUUUCAUGCUGAAAAUAUAAAGGUUAAAUAAUAAUCC